UCGGUGCGCACUGGGCAGUAUAACACGAACCUCUGCGUGCUUGCACUGUCAUGUGAAGGAGCCUACGAAAGUUUUUUUGUUUGUUUUUUUUGUAUGGUGUCACGCGGAUCAAUUUCCCAGGAAGUUCGAAGUUCGGAGAGUGGUGUAGAACUUCCCAAGUCUUCAGUUUUGGCUACUAUCAUCCCCGCAGGCAUGAUCUCAACAAUUGUAUAUUUAAGCGCCAUCGUUGCGAUAGCGUCCCGAGCGAAGGCUCUGACGGGAUUCGAUGAACAGAUCAUUGACAGGACAGCAUUAAAUUCAAUUCUGCGGAGCAAACUGCAAGACAUAAUUGGGACGUCGGACCCUGAGGUCCUUGACCUCAAGCUGGCCCGCCGCAUGAAACGUAGCAUCCCGCAGUAUAUGCUGGACUUGUACUCGGCGCAGCACCGGUUCAUGCAUUCAAAUGAGGACGAUGACGAUAUUCCGAUCGAUCAUCAUCAGGUGUUGACCAGAGAAGCCGUCGACACCGUACGGAGUUACCUCCACAGCGAGCGCGGCGAUGAAGAACUCUACGGUUCCAAUCGUAUCCGGUUCAUGUUCAACAUAUCCUUCGAGAAUAUCGCGAAGGAGGAGCGAUUAGCAGGUGCAGAUCUUCGUCUGUACAAACCGAAGCUGCGUGAUGUCGAUUACAAUGGCGAAUCGCAGACUGUCCAAGUCUACGACAUUAUCAGACCGGCUACUCGGAAAAAUCCUGACGCCAUACUGAGAUUGCUAGACACGAAGCGAAUGUCCGGGAGCACUCAACGUCACUCCUGGGUCGGGCUGGACGUAUUCGAGGCUGUGCAGCGAUGGAAAACCGAACCCAACUACGGACUGUACGUGCAGGUGUUCCAGGAGAGAGAGAACAGCACCGAAUCGGUUUCUUUUCCGUACGUUCUGCUCAAGAAUACGAGAGGUCAAAUAAACGAAACGUCGUGGGACAAUCAGCAGCCGAUACUUCUGACUUACCACGCGAGCAAGCCGAGUACGAGGGAGAGCAUGCCUCUACUUCGGAGUAAGAGGGGUGCUUUGCGACAUCAUCGAAGGAAAAAUCACAACCGCCAGAAAGAACAGUGUCGUCGUCACAGUUUGAAUAUCAACUUCAGCGACGUGGGCUGGAGUGACUGGAUCGUGGCUCCGCAGGGCUAUAAUGCUUUCUACUGUCACGGAAACUGUCCAUUCCCCAUUCCGGAACACUUGAAUGGUACAAAUCACGCGAUCGUCCAGACGCUCGUCAACUCGAUGCGGAAAAACGGAAACGGUGUGCCCAAAGCUUGCUGUGUUCCCACGGAACUCAGUUCGAUUUCUAUGCUGUACGUCGACGCCUACGAACGAGUCGUUCUCAAGAACUAUCAGGACAUGGUUGUCCUGGGCUGCGGAUGCAGAUGA